AUGUCUACAAGCUCCUUAGAGGGUGCCCCGCUGGCCGAUUACUUUUGGAUAGCUGGCUUGGACGGAUCCGAGGUCUUCGACACAUACAAGCGUUUGGGCGAGGAAUAUCGUAUCAAUGGCGCUGCAUCCCCGGGGCCGGCCCUCGCCGAUGCCAUUCAGGAAGAUGCAGAUGCCGAGGAAGAGGAUCCCGUCGACGGAGCCUCCCGGCCCACCUCGACUCUGUACACGGGUGCGAGUGUGAGUCGUCGCACCUCUCAACAGCGGCUGUCAACCCUCUCCAGAGACUCGGGACAGACCAAUGGCGCCAGCAGCAACCGCAGUAGUGCCACCGUCAAAGGCGCGUCGUCUCUGUUUCGUGCAUCCGCGCUGUUUUCGGAGGACUUCGAUUUCGACCAGGCUUUGGUUAAAUUCGCGUCGGAGAGAGAUACCUUUUUGACAGACUUGAAUGUGAGCGCCGGCGCCAUUACGCAAAAUACUCGUCCACGAUCGCGGGUGCGGACUCAAAAGAUUGUCUCGGAUGAUUCACCUCAAGGGUCACCCGGUCUCCUUAGAUCCGGUAUCGGGAGUGUUCGCCGACACAUGGCGUUCCGGGAUAUGAAUAGCAUGAAAAGACAGCCGUCAAUUGCUCGACAUGCUUCGGUGCGAACAUCGCGACGACUAAGUAACUAUAACUCAGUAAUUCCUGUACCUCAACCGCUUGAAUUCUCGCCCUCGAUGCAUCCAUUAAAACGUCGAUUCGAACCCGUCCUCCUCGACCGAUACCCCACUCGCAACAUGUCCGAAGAGCUGCAGCAGCGUGGAAACUUCCCCGAUUAUGUUCCCAUGUUCGCCUUUCCGAAUGACAUUAAUAUCGUCUCUUCCGAUGAACGUCCACGAUCGACUUGGCACGGAUUUGCCAUGACAACAGAUAAUGGGUCUAAGCUUCAUGCAAUUUGCGUGAUCAUCUGGAUUCCUCUCAACCCCCAAGCCGCGGAUGAGCUUGAAAAGCGCUGCGAAGAAUGGCGCAAAGAUAACAUGACAGACGAGGAGCGGGAAUUGGCCGCGAGUCUGGGAGAAAGAUUGGCUUCCGAGCGGGCAAAGUUGUCGCAACUUCUUGCCCAACUACCGAACGUUCCGUCGGGCUCGGAAUCCCGUGAGCAACUCGAGGAUGAGAUUAGUGCGGUUGAGGAGAAGAUUGGUCUCAUGACAGAUCUUCUGCGUCCCGUUCGACAUGGCGCAGCUUCAAAGAUUGAGGGUCUCACCGAUGGCGAUACUGGUUUCUGGAUUCCGCGAGCAUACGGUAUCCUUGGCCGAGAGAGCACGAUGACCAGCUUCUGGAAGGAAUGGUUAAAAGCAAUCGUUGUCCCCAUGACGGAGAAUGCCAUUCAGCGUGUGCCUCCUAGUUCACCUCGGAUGGGUGUGUGGCAGCCGCUGGAGCGGUAUGUGAUGAACCUUUGUACAGAGGCAUUCUGUCCAAUCUCCUCGAAAACACAAGUGGAGCUUGCGAUUCGAGAACUGCGGUUGUUUGCUCGGAAAGAGGCGCCUAAUGAGCUUCCGGGGUCGCGUAACACUGAUCUAUACAGCUUGUUCCGAACUCUAUCAGUCCCUAACAUCAUCAUCCUUUUCGAGUAUGCCCUCACGGAAUCCCGCAUCAUUUUCUUGUCCUCGCAUACCUCUAUGCUCUAUCUUGCGACACGGGCAUUGAUUGACCUUCUAUUUCCACUCCAAUGGGCUGGUGUUCUCAUCCCGGUUCUGCCUGCACGUCUGAUCCAGGCCAUCGAAGCACCCUGUCCCUACAUUAUAGGUAUCGAACGCCGCUAUGAGAAGGUUGAAUUACCCACCGACGACUUUGUUCUGGUGGAUUUGGACGCCGACAUGAUUGAGAGUACUAUUCGCCCCACUCCGCUUCCCCGUCAUCAGCGCAGGAAACUCUUGUCACUCCUGCAACUGGCCGCACCUCACCACAGCCAAUGCGGUGUCCCAACUGGCCCCCCGGCAUAUGCAAUUGAGACCUACCCCUGGGACACUUUCUUGACGGAAUCCCCUGCCACCUACAACUCCAAAGCCCCUCCGACCAAUCUUGCAAAGUAUGUGGGUCUCAACUCCAGCGCAUUUGGCUCAGCUGCUGUGGUUCCCAACUCCUACCAGCCACCGAUAUUCAACACUUUCCUUCACGCGCGACACGAACAAGCGUCCUCGCGAGGUUAUUCUUCAAAGAGCUCGGAUCGUCCAGGGACGAGUGCAGGAUCCAGAGUUGCGACGUCCCCACCUUCGCCGCGAGAGAGCUCUCCAACAUCGGGUCACUUCCCUCCGCCCCCUCCUACACCAUCUUCGCGCAAUGAUUCGGGUAUGGCCCUACAAGCUUCUUUGCGAGAGAAGCGUUCGGGUCAUUUCGAUGCUGCAUCUCGCAGGAGCUCCUCGUUUGGCAUGAACCGACGCCCAAGUGCUCCAUUCCUGGGACAUACAUCUAAUUUGUCAGUAACAACGUUGAACACGGAUUACGGGACUGGAUCUACUUAUGCCCCGUCCGUAUAUGCUCAAUCGACCAUUGCCGCUUCCACAAUUGUCCCCCAGGCUACUGUACAGCCAGCAGGCAAUUCCGAGGGCACUUGCUGGAUUGAAGGACACUUGCUUCGCAUUCAGCCAUUUGACGAGAAAUCGGUCUGCGCUAUCUGCGACGAGCGUGCCGACGAAGGAAUGUACAAGUGCACCUCUUGCAAGAUGAUUGUGCACAAUCGCUGCGCCUCUCAAAUUUGCCUUGUUUGCGAUGCAGCUUUCCAUGCUGAUCAGGUUCGCGCUGCAUUUGUAAGAUGCUUUGCUAGCCUGUUUUACACUUACAAGAAGUAUCUCGUGCCUACCAGUGGCGAUAAGAAGAAAUCCGGAAUGUUUUACACUUUCAGCAUGGAUGCUUUCAUGAAGAGUCUUCCACAUGAGCAUGCUGAAUACAUUGCAGUUCUCCAACAAACACAAGGAUUCAAUGAGUUUAUCAGUGAGCGAGAACGAGCCAACCCAAAGACCAAGGAUUCCAAGAUGGCUCUGUUCGAUGAAAUCGUCCUGUCGAAGCGCAACCGUGGCCGAACAUUAAUCUUCUCUAGCCGUUCUACCACCGAUUUCUUAUCUGACACAUCCAAUCACCUGUGGCGGACCGCGAACGCAACCUUCUUUGCCCCUAGCCGCAGCCAGCAGAACCUCUCCCAGGAUUAUAGUCGCAUCAGCACCCGAGCACCGGCGAAAUUGGACACAAGUCUGAUGACAGAGCCCCGCAUGAUUCACGGGGCCCCUCGGGUCUCCAAGACGGCAAAUACUGCCCGCAGGAAGCCACUCCCCAAGCUUAUGAAUGGAUUGGCGAUCUCUCCUCCCAGUUAA